UGUCGCCCAACUUAUGCACCUGCCAUGAUAAAGGAAUUUGAGAUAAGAUUUCACCAUGGUUAUUGUAUUUGUUUCUGGAUGUUCAAAGACAACUGAAUGACCUUUGAAACCGUCCAGUGAAUGAGAAAAGAAUGUUUCGUGGUCCAGAGAAAACUGUGGGGAAAUGCUGCCCUCCUUUUCAAGAAGCCAAGAAGAAGGCAGAGAACAAAAUGGACCUCACUCUCGAGAGCAGCGACCUCUACAACCGACGGAAGUUUUCCAUCACUCGGUUUGAGGAGAUGGAAGCCUUAUAUGCAGGAGGUAAUCUGAGCCAGGGCCAACUUAGGACACCAGCCAAAGCUCUGGCCAAGAAUGCUGGCCGUAGAGACACUCCCAGACCACAAAAUGUACCUGACCCUAGUCCUGAAUAUUGUGAGCCCUAUGGACGCAUACUUAAUAAUGAGAUCCUGAGGAAGGAUGGAUUAUGGUCGCCAAAGGAGAACCAGAAGGAGGUUAAUCCAGUGCCCAAACCGCCGCGUAACCAGGGGACCCCUACAGAAAAGAGAAUCACACAAAUGAACGAGAAGGAGAUAGCGAGUGAAUUUGUGAAACAGUUCCUUGGUAACGUUGACAUGGAGCAAGCCUUGGAAGAGGCCCCACCAGAUUUCCCACCACCAGAAAGCUUACACAUCAUGUCUCUGGGGGCCAUGACCUGCACUCGGUGCGGGGACAGCUUCGAGCCCCAGGAGAAGAUUGUCAACUCCAAUGGUCAGCUGUGGCACACUCAGUGCUUUGUGUGUGCCCAGUGCUUCCGACCAUUCCCCGAUGACAUCUUUUACGAGUUUGAAGGCCGCAAGUACUGUGAACAUGACUUCCAAGUGCUCUUUGCACCUUGUUGUGGCAAAUGCAACGAGUUCAUCAUUGGCCGUGUCAUCAAGGCCAUGAACGCCAACUGGCACCCUCAGUGCUUCACCUGCGAACUCUGCAUGAAGGAGCUUGCCGACUUGGGCUUCAUCCGCAAUGCUGGCCGAGCGCUCUGUCACGAGUGCAAUGCGCGGGUCAAGGCCGAAUCCCUCGGCAAAUAUAUGUGCCAUAAGUGUCACUCUACCAUCGAUGGGGAGCCACUACGCUGGCGUGGCGACACCUUCCAUCCUUACCAUUUCAACUGCGCGGCAUGUGGCAACGAGCUGACUGCCAACGCCCGAGAAGUCAAGAGCAGACCUGGCUACACUGCCAACGAAAUGAACGAACUGUACUGCUUACGAUGCCACGACAAGAUGGGUAUUCCUAUAUGUGGUGCUUGCAGGCGACCCAUUGAGGAGCGUGUAGUGACAGCCCUAGGCAAGCACUGGCACGUGGAGCACUUCGUAUGUGCCAAGUGUGAGAAGCCUUUCAUGGGCAACCGUCAUUACGAGCGCAAAGGGUUGGCCUACUGCGAGACCCACUAUCACGAACUCUUUGGCAACCUGUGCUUUGUUUGCAACUCUGUUAUUUAUGGUGAUGUGGUAAUGGCCCUCAACAAAGCCUGGUGCACCCAUCACUUCGCCUGUGCUCUGUGCGACACAAAAAUGACACAGAAAACCAAGUUCUUUGAGUUCGACCAAAGACCUAUUUGCAAGAAGUGCUACGAGAGAUUCCCGCAGGAGUUGAAGAAGCGACUCAAGAGGCAACAUGAAGUCCAGGCGCGUGGAGGCAAGCCUGCUGUUUAGGCUAGCUCGGGCUGGAAUCACCCUCCGAUACACAACAGGCCCCGAAAUCGCAUUGGCGAGAGGCCUAAAUCUGAGUGAAAUGAUGGAUUCUUCUCCCUGGAUAUUAUGUCUUUUUCAAAAUCUAGUUUGAUUUUAAUCUUUGAUUGCUCUCCAUGAUUUCGUGGAAUUGCAACACUUAAAUAACAUGGAUAAGAUAUUAAUUCUAAUAAUGAUUAUAGUAAUGAUCAUCUCUAAUACUUGGAUUGAUUACUAAUUCUUAUGUAACCAAACAGAUUUUUAUUUGUUGUUGAUUGCAUUUAUAUCAUUUUACAAAUUAAUAUAAAAAAUGCUGUUGACAAAGUUCUUUUUAUGAAUGGAUUUUAACUAGUAUCUACCUGAAUAUCACUAAAAUGAAUCUUCAUUUAUGAUGCCACUGAAACAGACUAAUUACUUUUGCUGAUACACGCACAAUUAUACAGCUGAAUGAAGUGAAUUUCAUUCAUUAAAAGAUACACAGGAUAACCAAGUUCCAAAUGAAAUUAUAAACCCUGAAUAAAAAAUCUUGAUAACCACAAAUUACCAAGAAACACAAGCCGUCUCAACGAAAAAAACAUCUUGAAGUGUUCACAUCCGGUGGAUGUUCUGGGGAACGGAAAUCCCCUCCCCCGUCCCCUCCACCCCCGCCCACGUACUCAAGAGGAGUGCAACGGAAUAAUCUCACGUGUGUCACUGUGUACUGAGGAAGGAAGCUCAUUACGUAUGCAUGGCCUGUGUAAAAAAGGGGCGGAGACUAUGCAGAUUGAUUGUGAAGAAAUUAAGGGGCUAGAGAUAAUCCCACAGUCUUCAUUAAGCCUUCCGCAGCUUCCUGGAGGCAAGCCCUGUUUUCUUUUUAUUUCCUCCUCGUUAUUGUGUUUUCAUUUGUUUGUUGCCAAUCUUCCUUUCUUUCUUUUUCUUAUCUUUUCCUCCAUUUUUCUUAAGCUUUUGCUCUUUUUUUUCUCGAC